UUUUGGUAUUUAAUGAUCAUAGUCUCUUCAUUUGGAAGGUAUUGGGGCCAUGGAUGCAUGAGAGAAGUGUAAGAAAAGUGCAUUUUAGAAGUGUCAUUUGUGAGUAAAGAUAGAUUUGAGUAGCAGGGUUGCACCAUGGCACUAGAGGCACUUGUUUCUAAUAACGAUUCCAAUCUCAUCAUCUACGACACUAUAUCAGCCACUGAAAACAACAAUCAUGAUCUCUUGUUUGGAAACAAUGUCGCCGAUGCUGCUGUUCAUGGAUCACAUUUAGAUGGGUUGUGCCCAUUGGAUCUCCACGUGAACUUGGGCACUUCUUCGAUGAUGUUGAGGAGCUUGGCUGCGUCCAAUACGGCAGAACAGAGGCCGAAUUGGGCGGCACAAGGUCGGAAGAGGAGACGGAGAAGGCCUAGGAUUUGCAAGAACAAAGAAGAAGCAGAGACGCAACGGAUGACACACAUUACUGUGGAACGGAACCGUCGCAAACAGAUGAAUGACCAUCUUUCUGUCUUACGUUCUUUGAUGCCUGAAUACUAUAUACACAGGGGCGAUCAAGCUUCCGUUGUAGGCAGCGCCAUUGAUUUCGUGAAGGAGCUUGAGCAACACCUCCAAUCUCUAGAAGCUCGUAAGAGAAUACAGCAGCAACAAAAAAUAGAGAGAGGAGAAGAACAUGACAUGACCCUUAGCACAACGACCGCCAGCGACAAUGAUUUGGGUUCGCCUCCUUUCGCACAAUUCUUCACCUACCCUCAGUACUCUUGGUGUCAUGUCCCAAGAGGGUAUCCGGUUGGGAAGCAACGGGCCGUGGCUGACAUUGAGGCUACGAUGAUCGAGACCCAUGUCAAUCUUCGAAUCCUCUCAAGGAAAAGAUCAAGGCAACUCAUUAAGAUGGUAGCCGCAUUUCAGUCUAUCCGACUUACAGUCCUUCAUCUCAGUGUCACCUCUUUGGAUCCAUUUGUUCUCUACUCUUUCAGCGUUAAGGUAGAGGAAGGAUGCCACCUGAGCUCGGCAGACGACAUUGCUGGUGCAGUUCACCACAUGCUAACAAUAAUUGAAGAGGAAGCUGACCUGUGCUCAACGCAGGAACCUCUCCAGCCAUCAGUUUCCCAACUUGCAUGAAACUACGAAAAUGCCAUUAGUCCACAAGAUUAGUUGGAAAUUUACAAGGGAAUUUCAGAGAUACAACCACCCUUUUAUGGGUUAAUUAGAUAGAACCACCUAAAAAUAUUAGGGUUAUAUUUCCGCACUUAUGCCUUCUUUAUUUCAUCUCUUUCCAUCAUAUUGGAAAUGACGAAAACACCUUCGAUAUUUGAAAUGAUGAAAAUGCCACUCUACAUAAAUACUUUUCUGAGGGGUUCAUUAAUUGGAUCAACCUUCAAAUUAGGUUAUAUCCAUAGUCUAAAAGCUCUGGUCCACUAGUAAGGUGGCUAUGAUGGCAUCUAGAAGAAAUGGACGGUUACCAUUGAUUAUGGCUAUUUUCAUCAUUUUUCAAAAGAGGCUGACAGCUGUGACUUCAAUAAGAUGGAAAGUGGUAAAAUAAGAAGUGUAUAAAAAUGUAAGUGUUGAAAUCUAACCUAUUUUUGGGUGGUUCUGUCUUAAUUAAGCCAAUUUCAAAUAGCAUUGUAGUUCAGAUUGCUUGCUGCUUCUCUUCUUUACUAAGCUGACGGUGUUUUCGAGGAUGAGGGUGCUACCAACUGCCAACCAUGCCUCACCUAAGUAGUGUGCAGCGGCUUGUCGGAACCAUCCAUCUUGUGGGCCACAUCGUCACUUGUGUCAAAGUUGCAUACAUUAGUUGGAUGAACUAGUUUCUUAGUUGAUUUGGGAUUCAAUGUAAUAGAAUGGCUUGGGAUUUUUGUGCAGGGGUGGUUUAGCAUGUUCAGGACUUUUGGCUUAGCUCAUACCUGUGUUGGGUUAGAUGGAUACAUACGUAGUUUUGUGUGGAGUGAAAACUAUCACAUGUACGUGUUUAAUAAAAUAGCAUAAUGUUUUCAUUUGUGACCA